AUGGACCUCGACGGCUUCUGGGACGCUACAGUGGGCGAUCUGGGUCUCACCAGCCCGUUGCAAGAUGUAGGUGCGGCGUUUACACUGCAAGUUUGGCAAGUGACGCGUAUGAAUGGAGAUCUCUGGCGCCUAAGCGCACUACGAUACCACGAUAUGAUCAUCAAUGAGAAACUACGCGCCAACGCCGAACGCUUGCGAGCUCCGGACGGUGAUCCCUGUGACGACUACCCAGCUGCUGAUGGCGAGGCUUCCGACAACGCAGUCGUCGAAGGAGGUGAACACCCUCAUGACGGUACUGAGGCAUCUCCUCCGGACAUUCUAGACGACUUUACGGCCGUGGAAGUUUUCGUAGUGGACGUCCUACGUGGCCUCAGGACUCUCUCCCAGCGUCCUGCUGAGGCAAGCGCUACCACUGCGCCCGCUCGUGCCUACCAUGCCUAG